CUGAUGCUCCCACGCACGUUCACAUCACUGCAAGCACAGGGCACCGCCACACACGCACCCCGAACCCCUGACCGGCACGAUGGAUGGACCACAUAAGGACCGCAGAAUGUCGCACUUGUGGAUAUUGACGUUACUUUUAUGUUUCUAACCUAUUGGAUAACUCUGGCUUUUUGCAUCUUCUGGAUACGGUUUGUGCAGCUGGAUCUCGUCCCUCGGGCUUUGGAAGAAGGAUUAUAUUUAUUUACAUUUGAGGCUGUUUGGUGUCUCAUCUUGGAAUAGAGGCGUUUUUGGGGAGGACAUAUAGAUUUUCCAAGGAUACGCACAUUAAACUCUAAAGGAUGGCCGUUUGGUUCACACUGGUCUUCUCAAUAGUUAUUUCAGUACUUACUCAGGUUCUGGGAACAGGUGUGUUCGAAGUGGAGUUCCAUCAUUUUCAGAAUACUAAUGGUGCGCUCGCAAAUGGACUAAGUUGCGGGAAAAGUGGCUGCAGGACUUUUUUCACAGUUUGUCUAAAGAACUUUCAGACUGUAGUUUCUCCUGGUAAAUGUUUGUUCGGUAGAGCCACCACACCUGUUCUGGGUACCGACUCCUUCAGCAUCCAGCAGAACGCUCGACUGCGACUGCCGCUCAACUUCACUUGGCCGGGAGCUUUUUCCUUAAUAGUAGAAGCUUGGCAUUCUCCUUCCACGGGGCUGCCUGGAGACACCACCAACCCUGAAUUCUUGAUAAGCUCUUUUGCCAUCCAAAAAAAGUUGGGAAUAGGGCAUGAGUGGUCCCAGGAGGCAGCAAGCGGCACGCAGACGGAGCUAAGGUACUCUUACCGGUUCAUCUGCAAUGAAAAUUACUACGGGGACACUUGUUCCAAAAUAUGCACUCCAAGAGACGACCGUUUUGGCCACUACACCUGCAAGCCUGAUGGGCAAAUAGCCUGUCGACCGGGAUGGAAGGGAGAAUACUGCCAAGAACCUGUCUGUCUUGAGGGGUGCAAUGAAAGAAAUGGAAACUGCACGGUUCCUGGAGAGUGCAGAUGUCGAGAGGGCUGGCAGGGGCUAUUCUGUGAUGUGUGUAAACUUCACCCGUCCUGUAAACAUGGUACCUGCACAAAGCCGGGGCAGUGCACCUGCAAAGAAGGCUGGGGAGGAAUCUUCUGUGAUCAGGAUUUGAACUACUGCACCCAUCACAAACCUUGUGCAAACGGGGCCACUUGUAUGAACACUGGCCAGGGCAGCUACACCUGCACCUGCCUGCCAGGUUUCACCGGGGUCAACUGUGACGUGGAGGUUAGGCAGUGCGACAGCCAGCCCUGCCGUAAUGGAGGCUACUGCGUGGAUUCAGAGGAUGGGUACAGAUGUGUGUGCCCACCGGGCUACGAGGAGCCACACUGUGAACACAAGAAGCUGACCUGUGCAGACAAACCCUGCUUUCAUGGGGGCAAGUGCAAAGAGCAGGACAAUGGACACAGUUACACAUGUGAGUGUCCAGCAGGCUACACUGGACUCAACUGUGAGAAGAAGAUGGACAGAUGCACUUCACUGCAGUGUGCUAAUGGUGGUCAUUGUGUGAACCACGGAAACUACGGAGUGUGCAGCUGUCGCUCAGGCUUCACAGGACAACGCUGUGAAAUCAACAUUAAUGAGUGUGCCAGCAAUCCCUGUGCUAAUGGCUCCACCUGCACUGACCGCAUCAAUGACUACACAUGCACCUGCCCCCUGGGGUUCAGUGGCCGCCACUGCGAUAGGCCCACACAGCUCUGUGGAGCAAAGACCUGCCUCAACGGAGGGACCUGUACUAGCGGAGCCAGAGGUCAGCACCCAUGCACCUGCCCCACAGGGUACAGUGGCCCCCUCUGCCAGAACCAUGAACCAAACCACAACCAGUCCAGGAGUCAGACAGGCUGGCAAUACGGGGACAAAGUUACUUUCGCCGCCAUCGGUGUGGGAAUUGGACUAGUGAUUCUGGCAGUAUUUUUCUGCAUGGUUUUCUUGGGACUACGUCAUAUUAAAAAACAAAGAACUGAUCACCACAAGUCAGAGACUAUCAACAACCUGUCCAAGGUUGAUCAUCAGAAAGAGAACCUUAUUUCUACAGUAGAGCUGAAGAACACAAAUAAAAAGAUGGAACAGGAGGUGGACUGUACCAGGGACAAGUCUAAUCAUAAACACAUCAAUCACUACCACCCGGAUUAUAAAAUGUCCAUGGUUUACAAGGAUGAACUGUCCUAUCUGGACAAAGAAGAAAACUGUGAAAAGACAUUAGAAGACAAGCACCAUUUUAGAAAAAUGUACAGAGAAAGGCCUGAGUGUCGAAUAUCAACAAUAUGUUCUUCCAGAGAUUCAAUGUACCAGUCUGUCUUUGUGAUAGCAGAGGAGAAAAAUGAAUGCAUUAUUGCAACUGAGGUAUAAUAAUGGGGACUUGCAUUGCAUUUCUUGUGGACUGUUUACAAAUGAAGAGAGACUUGGAUUUAUUUAAUUGUAAGCUGCUGCUCUUGAAAACUUGACAACUGGAUGGAGUCACUGUGCUCUUCAAAUGCAAUAGGACUAAAACUAUUAACUAUUGUGAGAAUGUAAAGAGGAAAAAUAAACAAAUCAGACUUUUGAACUCGCCUUCAUACCCUGUCCAAGUUCAUCUGAGGGCCGGGGUCAAGACAUUUCAACUGCACACUGUUGACAAGAAGAUUGCCCUUUUGAUGGAGCACCCCACUGUAGUGCAGUAAUCAGCAAUCAACAAAUCAACUUACUGCCAACAGGGCUUUGAUAGGAGCCAUUUUGGUUCUUCUAGCCUCUAUGCAAACUCAGACCAGCCUUUUGCUAAAUCAAGAGACAAACUACUGUAGACGGUUCAUUAGGUUUGUGAAUUGAAUCUUUUUUAAGAAGAAUGUAUGCAACACUGACAAAAAGCCUUAUUUAAAUAUACUUUUAAAGAAAAUAGCCUGUGCCUAGCCUUACCCUCGUUACUUUGCACACAAAUACAGAGUUAAUUUUAAAAGAUCAAAAAUUAUAUGUGGCCGUAGAGUGCAGGGAUACACAAGACUGUUUUACCUUAUGCAAAAAUUUCUCUUUUUACCAAGGACGCCUUCAAUAAAUAUGACUUAAAUGUUUUUGUAUGAUUAGUAUUUCAUGAGUAAUUUAACAAUAUGAAGCACUGAUCUUUAUGUUUUAUAUAAGAUUAUUUUGUAUAUAGUGUAUAUUUAUAUGAUGAGAAUAGAAUUAUGACUUGUACUGUACAUGUUUUCAACUCACCCCAAAAGGUGGUUUAUUUUAAUUUGUUGUUGUUUAUUUUAAUGUUAAUAUUUCUGAUAAAAACAAUGAAUACAUAUCUGGUACACUGUUUGUUUGUUGCUAUUUUAUGGUUGGGUGUACAUGUCAUUGCAUAGUAAUGUGUUUCAAUCCUGGAAUCAUCUAGUAAUGUGUCCCACAAGGGCUGGUGUGGCUUCAUUGUCUAAUAGAAAUAUACACAUAUUUGGCCUUAAUGAUUAUGUCCACGAGAUCUGCAGCCACGUGAUGUCAAGUCACUAUGCAUACAUCACUAAGCGGGCAGCAAUAGACAUAUUACUUUAACAAAAAGUUAUAUUUUAAAAUUGUAUGUGAAAAUAAAGAAUAUUUGUGUUUUUCUA